GGGGUCUUCCGACCACCCCUUUGCCUCUUAACUAUAUAUGCCACAGACAUAAAAUGAAAAUAUUACAGAUAACUCAAGAUCCUAAUCCAAAGUGAGAGAAAAAUGGAAGACGGUGUUACUGAUUCUGAGAGGUUGGUGCUGCCUUCGAAGCUAAACUCAAAAGUAGGGGCUAAACAAGAAGAAGCCAAUGAUUUUGAACCUGAGAAAAAUGAAAAAGAUGAAGAAAGAGCAGGCGGACUCAUAAGCAAUCUCAUCUCCAACUUGGUCCCCAGAUCCGUGGCAGGGGCAGGUGAAGAAGACAAUGGAGGUGAUACAGAGAACAGGAACAGAAUCAGUGAGGGGAAGGAUGAAGAGAAGGAAGGUGGGUUUAUAAACCAUCUCAUUUCCAACUUGGUCUCUCCCUUGAGUCCCAGACCAAGGGAAGUUAAUGAAGGAAAAGUUGAAGUUGAAAAUGGGGGAAAAAGUAGUGAUGGUGGGGGAUGGUGUGAAAAAAAAGUAGUGAUGGAAGGCGGUGGUGGCAGUGCUGGUGGAGGAGGGCUCAUCAACAACCUCAUCUCCAAUAUUUUUAAUCAAAGUGAGGAAGAUGGAGUGCACAAAGAAGACAGUGAAGAGGAGAAAGCGCAUGUUGGGGAACAAAAUGAACAGGUGAAGGGUAAGGAGGAAGGUGGUGGAGGGGGUAUCAUUAAUAACCUGGUCUCUCACUUGCCUGCAUCUCUUUCAGGGGAUGCAGCACCGACGGCAGAUGAGGCCUCCAUUUUGAUUCACUCCAUUGUCCAUGACUGAACAGAAUGAUAUGUAUGCCUACCGAUUAAGACCUCCAUUGUUAGGACUAGAGACUUCCCCUUCCUUGUUGUAGUGAGCACCCAGGAUGUUUUCCCCCUGGCUGCUGCUGUUAGGCGCAUUAAUUUUGUGUUUUAUGUUUUGUUUCUCUCCUUUGUUCCAUAUGAUUUCUUUUUUUGUUUUUUAAUUCUAAAUACAGCAGUGAGAAAUACAAAGCGGAUAGUCCAGACCCAUUAAAAAACCCCCGCUCUGAUGGAUCUAGUAUUCAAUCUCAGCUGCAAUCACUUAUGCUACCAGGCACUACAUCAACCUCCCCGGCAGUUUGCUUGAGGAAUUCAGUGAUGGUGUAGUAGUGAAAUGACACCUAUCCCUCGUAGUCGUCAUCUUUUGGCAGCACAGAUGUGUAUGAUGUUGCAUGAAAGCAUGUAAGCGUAGUCUAAAAAUGGGAACAACUUGAGGGUAGAUGUUUGCGACAUGUCUGCAGCCACUUUUGCUUCGGAUACUCAUCUCUCAUGUUAGGGUGGCUAGGCCACAGAGUAAAUGUAUUUCAACCAAGUUACCAACCUAAUAUACCUUGCUUUCUACU